AUGGAUACAGACGCUGUGUCGAAGGCGUUCGUGGCCCACUAUUAUACCACGUUCGAUUCCAAUCGGGCCGGGCUUGCGAAUCUGUACCAGGAGGGUUCGAUGCUGACCUUCGAGGGCGAGAAGAUCAUGGGAGCCCAGAACAUCGUCGCCAAGCUCACCGGCUUGCCCUUUCAGCAGUGCCACCACCAGAUCACCACCAUCGAUUGCCAGCCGUCGGGACCCGCCGGCGGCGUGCUUGUUUUCGUGUCCGGUAACCUCCAGCUCGCUGGCGAGCAGCAUGCCCUAAAGUUCAGCCAGAUGUUUCAUUUGAUGCCGCAUCAAGGAAGCUUAUAUGUGCUAAAUGACAUUUUCCGCCUGAAUUAUGCAUGA